CUCAAACAAAGUCAGAAAUAUUUUACCCCUGAGAAAGUGUUUUAAAUUGUUUCCGUGAAAUUGCAUGUAAAAAAUCUACAGGACCACACUCCGGUUUCCACGAGUUAACAUUUGACGUGAUAGGAACUUUUUCUUCGUUUUCUUUUAUUUUUUAAACCGUGCAAGUUGUGAGCUUAAAGUAAAAAAAAAAAUUAAACGCUGCGCUUCUUUGCCAGCCAAGCUAACUUAACGUUUUGCCAAAUUUAGCUGUGCUCGAACUGGGAGCGAUGGGUGGCUGCUCCGCUCCGAACUGCUCCAACUCAACCAGCAUCGGAAAACAGCUGUUCAGGUUUCCCAAAGACCCCGUACGGAAGAAGAAAUGGGUGGUGAACUGUCGACGUGACUUUGAACCAACUCCUCACUCCAGACUGUGUCAAGAUCAUUUUGAGCAGAGCCAGUUUGAGGAAAUAGCCAGAUCUCCAGCUGGUGGAAAGAAGCUGAAACCCAAUGCCAUCCCGACUCUGUUCAACGUUGGAGACCCUCCGUACCCUGCAGUCACCACCUCGUACAUCCUGAUACCGCUGAAACCUGAACCAGUGGAGAAGGAGCUGAACUUUGGGGACCAUGGCUAUGCCAGACGGACUCCUCUGCCCGGCCUGGAGGAGGAGGAUGCAGACAGGACGGCUGAAGACCAGCAUCCCUGCACACAGUGUCAGCUACUGAAGAAACAACUGGAGCAGGAGAUGCAGCACACUGCAAGGUUACAGAAAGAGGCAGAAGAGAUGAAGAAGCGUCUGUAUCGGCUCGACCGGAUCGAGAAAGGUCUCCAGAACUUUCUGUACGAGGACCAGAUCCGGGCCCUGUCCCUAACCAAACGUUCCCGCCGCGCUGUCUGGUCUCCGGAGACGAUCCUGAAGGCCAGAAAGAUCCGCUGUGCGGUCGGCACCAAAGGCUACGAGUACCUGAGAGAGAUCGGUUACCCGCUACCCUCCUACAGGACUCUGUGUAACCGCUUGGAGACUAAGAUCAUGGUGACGACUGACAUGAGCUGUGAGGAGCUGGCAGAGCUGGGCCUGGGGCUCAUGGCCACAUGUGACAGUCCCACGGAAGGUGUUGGAGACAACGAUGAGGAGGAACUGAUCAGCGUUUUGUCCUGAUCCGAACAGUUUGCAUGAAUUGCUGAAGGGAAGACUGAAGGGAGAGUUUGCCGUGUUAAACGUCUGCAGUGACAGAAGCCGGUUAUGCUUCCUAUCUCAAGACUUAAGCAUUAAUAUAAAUGGAUGGCUGUUAUGACAGAGGUGGGGAGUUCACUGAUCUCAGAUGUCACCUGGUUGUUCUUCACACCAUCAGACGUCUUUGCUCUGUCGAUGUGUGAUGCUCAGGCUUGCAGUUUGGCUAGAUUUAUGCUUGUGGUGUUUCUUAUUGUAGAGAGCCACUAUAUGAGCUUGAACAUGUGAGAGAAGCAUGUGUACCAUGUAGCCUAUGACAAUGCAGACUGUAAUUUAGGGUGGGGGGCAAAUAAUUUGCACAAAACCUGAUCAAUUUAAAAUGUUUCAUUAAGUGUCCCACAGCUGAUUCAGCAAGUAUUUCACUGACUGUUUACAUGCACAAGUAAAGCUAGUUUUUAGAGUAUUUAAGUGUGCUGAGAGCAGAUCCUGGCUGAGGUAUGCUCUGACUGUUCCUGAUACAUGAUGCAGGCUUUAUUUUGUCAGUAAAAACAUUUAUCACAAUGUGUGUAAUGCAAACUGGGACAAAUGUCUGAUGAUAUUUACAUAUAACCCGCUGAACCCUGAGCAGUUUCUGGGUCUUAUUUUGCUCCCAUCAUGUUUUUACUCACUGUGGGCUCAUUUUUCACUGCAACAUAAGGUUCUGAUAGUUUAUUUUCCUGUAUUAUUUUACAAAGUCCCUGGAGCCCAGAGAAAAUGAAGGCUCUACAUCAGCGGUCCCCAACCAUCGGGCUGUGGACCAGAACCGGGCCGCACAGAAAGAAUGAAAACGUUUUAUUGUUUUUUUGCUUUGUUUUGUUUUUUACGGCAGUCUGCAGUGUUUUAUUUUGAAAAAUUACGAGCUUGUCUUCUCGUCACUUCCACCUGUGCUUGUUUCUCGCACUCGACUUUAAAGCCCGAUCAUUAAAUUAAGCCGCCAAAAUACAUAAAUAAAACUAAUCGAUGCUGAGACAGAAGACAAAGUAUAUACAUAUUUAGCAAUAAAGCGUAAUUUUAUUUGUUUAUGACACUUUUUUUCAUAGGGAAAAAAUUUAUAUUACUUGUUAUAUGCGCAAUGACCGAUCCGUAGAAUUGUCUUGCUUGAAAGUGGUCCGUGGUGUAAAAAAGGUUGGGGACCGCUGCUCUACAUGCUGAAGAUAUUUCACCACUCUUACUACAUUUCUAAUUUUUUACCAGACUUGUCACAUAUCUAUUUUGUGUAAACACAACCUGCUGUUCAGCCAAAUAUUCACAGAACUUUGGUCACAUGACUGUUGGUUGCAGCUGAGUCAGUCGUGGCUUCACAGUUGCGUUAAGGAGCUCAGUCAAUUUUGAUAAAACAUCCAACAUUUAAGCUUAGAUGUGGUUCAUUUUCUCACUGGAACCAGACGUCGCACAUGAUUGGCUGAAGGACCGACAGCAGGUUUUGGGGUUCAGAGGGUUAAAUGUUAUCUCUGGGUUCUGGGCUCAAAUACCUCUCCUAUUGUAAAUCCCUGGUUCUGUAGCUCAUUUCGGUCACGUUUGCACAACUGAAGCUUUCACUGUUUUUCAAGAAGGUUCUGAAAUCUAUUGGUAAUGCUGGGCUCACGCUACAGGAGACCGAUUUACCUCCAUUUCACCCUCGAUGGCAGUUGGAGGAGAACUGUUUACAGAUCCAGAUUGAAACUCUGAUCAUACAUUCUUGCCCUUGUGACCAAUGUCAGCGCCGGUUUUAACAUCUGUAGCUCCCCUCCAGCUCUCAUUGUUAAUAGACAAACCCUGUUGACUACGUCUUCCAAGCAUUUCCUCAUCAGUGUUACAGCAAGUUGUUGCGCCACGGUCUCCAUUUUGUUUACAUCUGCUUCCCCGUGAGAUCACAUGAUGCGGUGCACUGCUCCCUCUGAAUUUUAAAACUCCUGUAGCUUGAGCCCAGCCUAUGCAGGAAAAGAAAAGAUGGAAUGUAAUUUAUGUGUCAUUUGGUUGAGAAUUUGACCCUUUACUCUGUCUGUUCAGUUUUGCAGUGUAUUUGUAGUGACCACAAAAGGUGUGAAAUGUGGCUUUUCCAUAUCCAAAACAAAGACAUUACGGGGAAAUAAAGUGAAUGAAUGACC